AUUAUGAUAAAAUUAUUGCAUACUUUUUAAUUUCCUUAAAGGCUGUGUCAUUUCCUGAACCCGGUUCAGCAAAUAUAACUUUGCCCUAUUUGCCCCAAGUUAUGAACAAUUGUGGACUUUAACUUUUUUUGUUCAAAGUUGUGUGAAAAUACAUCGCAAAGGACGCCGUUACACGAUAAGACUUACAAGCAAUGACUUAAAUGCAAUAUGCAUUGACUCUUUUUAGAGUAGUAAGUGGCACAACUCCUACCAAUAAAAAGCUCAAGUUAAGAAAAUUAAAUCUGAAAUCAAACUGCAGCGUAACAAAUCCUAUCGGCGGAGUGGGUGACUUUUGACUUUGACACCUGGCACCAUCAUUUCAUUUCCACAUUUGUACAGGAAAUCUAAUUGAAAAGGGAAAUUGUCUGUGGCCUGGCUAGCAGUCGACCAUGUUUGUUCCUCUGCCGUUCCGCCUUCCGAUAUUGGCCUGGCAGAAGUAAGGUUCAAGGCUUGAGUCAUCAAGAUCAAAUCCAAAAGAGAGGGAUUGCUUCAGAGUAUGCUUGAAAAUCUUUAGGUCUGAUCGAAAAUAGAUGUGGGCACAUUUGUGUUUGGAAUGGUGCUAAUUUAGCUAGGAAAAGGGCCAUUUGAAAUGACGUUCAAAAAAAAGUACAUCUUAAAAGCACCGUUUUCAUAGUAAUUGUUCCAAGAUUUUUUUUUUCUUGUAGAGGGGUGAUUCAUACGUAAACACCUCAGCCCCGGUGGGUGUCACUGCUGUUUGCAGAUGAUAAUUGGAAUUAUCCAGGUCCGCUUCACCUUGUGCCCCCCACAUAGAUGUUAAUUUCUCCGCUUGGGAGGAAAGGAGCAAUGGUGUCAAUAAGGGUGGGACGAACAUUAAUGUGGUGGUGGGUGAUGGGAUAUAGGCUACGUAUAUAUAUAGUAUGUGAAAAGCAUCUGUUCAAGAAAAGCUCUGUGAAAUUACUGAGUAACAGAAAGUUGGGUCCGACACCUUUGGAGGCGCCUUCAGGCAAGAUCAAGUCAGAGUUAAGACAAGCAGAUUUAGAAGGUAAAUAAAAGCUAUCAUGAGUGUAUCUCGGCUGGUUUUACUGCUUGGACUGCUUCUCUGUAUUGAAGCUCAGCUGUCCAACGCCCAGCACUGGUCCCAUGGUUGGUAUCCUGGAGGCAAAAGGGACCUGGACUCUUUUGGCACAUCAGAGAUUUCAGAGGAGAUCAAACUAUGCGAGAGGGCGGAUUGCAGUUAUUUGAGACCACCCCGGAGGGGUAUUCUAAAGGGCAUUAUUUUGGAUGUGUUAACCAGAGAGCUCCAGAAGAAAAAGUGACAGCUUGGAGCAGCCUGACUCUACUCUUCUUCGUAAUAAUUUUGAAUUCAUUUAACGCAAUGUGGGCUGUUGGCUUCGGCGGAAAGAUUUCUGGCAUUCAGUGAUCAGUUAACCUGUGUUCAAAACAUGCCUUGAAAUAAAGAGUUUAUUUUGAUAUUA